AGACAUUCAGUCUCGGUUUAGCGCUUAAAGUGUAUAGACGUGAACUUUGCCACACAGAAAUCAAAUGAAACCGAUUUGUUGAUUGAUGACAGAAAAUUUAUUAAAUCUCAACUAUUCUUUAGAUAGAAAUUAACUGAAACGUGAGAAUAUUUUAUUUUUUCCCGAAUACACUGAAUGGUUCUGAGUUUUUCUGUUCGGAACCGAAAGUUCGGAUAGCUUUAGUAAAAAAAAAGGAUAUUUUAGUUAAGCACGAGGUCGGAGAACCGCGAGUGAAUUCGAUUCGUCGAGAGUUUGUGUGAGUGUGUUUUUGUGGGGGGUGAGGGUGAGUUCCCCAGGGAAUAAUCUGAAAAAUUGAACGAAAAAGCGGGAUUGAUGAGAAAAGUGAUUGUAAUAUGAGAGGAUGAGUUGCUCGGUGAAGAUUUCGAGCGCCAGGAGUUGGAGUGGAUCGCAAAGGAAAAUAAAUUCAGUGGCUGAGGAGACAACGCAUCCUGUGAGUCCUGGAUCGGGAAAUUGUGGUCAUUUAAUUACUGCGGGAGGACAAAAGACAAUUUCACCACGACCGGUCAAGUCCAUAGCUGUUAAAAAGGGCGAGGACACUAGUAAACUACUAAAAUAUAUUGAUGACAAUGUUAUCGGCAAGAAUGGAAUCUUCUUCGGACCAUUUGGACGUAGAAAAGUUGUUUACUGCGAUUACACGGCAUCCGGAAGGUCACUGCAAUUUCUGGAGGAGUAUAUUACAAAAGAGGUCCUUCCAUUGUUGGGGGACACUCGAACAUCAACUUCGAUAUGCAGCUUGCAGUCCUCACUAUUCAGGCACGAGGCCAGAGACAUAGUUCGGCAUGCUGUCGGAGCCGGUGAGCAGGAUGCUGUCCUUUUCAUGGGUCAAGGCACUGCAGGUGCAUUGCGCACACUUUUACGCCAUCUUGAUCUCACAACACCUACCGUCGUCUUUGUCGGGCCCUUUGAACACCAUGGUAACUUGAGGCCCUGGCGAGAAUAUGGCGUUAAGAUAAUACGAAUAAAAGAGACUCGAGAGGGUUUCCUGGACCUAAAUGAUUUAGAGAGGAAAUUAGAGUCUGAGAGUAAAGAGAAUUCAACAGCACGAAUGGUGGGUUACUUUAGUGCUGCCAGUUGCAUAACAGGUGUUCUUGCUGAUGACGUUGCAACAACUUUACUUCUUCGUCAGCAUAAAGCACUCAGCAUUUGGGAUUACACCUCAGCUGCUCCGAACGUACGAAUGGAGAUGAAUCCUCAUCUCCCCGGGGUCGGUGAGACGGCAGUGCAUAAGGAUGCGAUUAUCUUCGCUGGCCAUAAAUUCAUCGGGGGUGUACAGUCGCCUGGAGUUCUCAUAGUCAAACGAUCUCUCCUAAGGGAGGAAUUUGAGGCAGAAGAUAUGCGCGAUUCACAUCGAUAUCUUCAUGAUCCGGAACUACGUGAGGAAAGUGGAACUGCCGGUGUUGUUGGCGCAAUUCGAUGCGGUCUCGCAUUGCAACUCAAGGAAAAUGUCACUCCACAAGCAAUUGCCGCGAGACAAGAUAAAAUUUCUCGACAAGUAUUGGCUCAUGUGAGAACAAUUCCGGAACUGAUUUUACUUGGAAGCACGUCGCAAAACGUUAAAAGGCUGCCUAUUUUUUCAUUCAUGGUCCGACAUCCACGUGGUACAUUUCUUCACCACAAUUUUGUUUGUGCCGUUUUAAAUGAUGUUUUCGGGGUGCAAGCACGUGGUGGAUGCGCUUGCGCGGGUCGAUAUGCUCACGACCUCAUGGGAAUAGAUGAAAAACUUGCCAAGGAAUAUGAAGCCGUUCUUCAAAGUGGUGGCGAUGACGUCAAGGAAGAAUCGAACGCUGAAGCUCUUCGACCUGGUUUCGCGCGAUUAUCCUUUCCCUACUUCAUGUCCGAGGCGGAAGUGGCAUUUGUCCUUGAAGCUUUAAAAAUGGUGGCGACCGAAGGCUGGAAACUAUUGCCACAAUAUGUUCUUAAUCCUGACACUGGUGAAUGGAGACAUCAUACCAAUAGCGUUUUCAAAGAACGAAAAUGGCUCGGUGCCAUAAGAUACACUGACGGAAGAAUGAAUGCAACCGAGAGACGUGUUUCCGGUUCUGGUAUAUUCCCACAGAGUCACAGCGAUUGCUUACAGACUGCUAGAAAUAUUUUCAAUAAGGCAAGAAAAAUGGCUCAGAGAUAUCCACUUCAAAUUGAUCAUUCUGUUAUUUUUGAUGAGAAAGCCGAGAGUCUACGUUGGUUUAUUUUACCCAAUGAGGCGCAGGAUCUGCUUCUUGGAAAUUCGCAGAAUGUCAAGCAACACGUUCCUUUCGAUCCAGCAAUGUACAAAAUCGUUGGUCAUCCAUUUUUCGACACCGCACCAAUAUCAUCAAAUUCAUACGUAUCGAAUGUUUUUGCCAUUAGGAGAUUAAACAGCGAUGUGCCACGAUCGGGAAAUCCGCCGAUUUCGCCAAUUUCAUUGAGGCAUCGAAGUCUCCCCGCUUUGCCGAGCGAUGGAAAAAAUGGCAAAUACAAAUUGAGAGUGAACGACGUCGACGAUGACGAUGGACAAAAAUCACCGGCCACUUGUCCCGGUUCACCAAUGCCGAGUGUUAGAUUCGCCGUCGGUGAAGUUGUCUCAUCAGGAGCAGUUGGAAUGCUCGGAACGACGCCAACAGUAGCGAGACUGAUAGCGAGCGAGCAAAAUUUAUGCCCUGGCACUGGUGACACUUUUGUCGCGAGAACCAGAUGCAAUUCCCUAGGUAGUAGCAGUCGAUGUCGAACAACAUCUGGCGGUACAACAUCACCGGUUCCAAUUCCUCUCAGUCCGCAAACACUCGCGAGUUUGGGAAUUGCGAAUAAUCGGGAAAAUUCACAAUCGCGAUUUCGUCACUGCAGUUGUAGUAGUCAAACGGAUUUGAAUGGAUCUUUCGAUUCGGAUGCUGCUAUUUCACCGAAUAGAUCGUCAUCGUCGCUUGGUCAUGUGCCAACAUUCUCGUGUUCGUUAUCAAUUGAUUCGGGGGUGAACGCUAAAAGUCACGGCCGAUCAUCGCCUUCGAAUGUCAGCCAAAGUUCGGAGGACGAUCUUCGCGCUUAUCUCAAGGAGGUGACGAAGGAACUCGCCACUGAAAUUAAAUCCGAAAUACGAGAAGUCAUCUCGAAAGUUGACGAUGUUCUCUCUGAGACGAACACUUGUGAAACGACACCGCAACAUCUAUCGAAACAACAACAACAACAACAGCAGCAGCAACAUGAUUCGUUUUCAGCAAGCGAUAUCGCUGAAUAUCUCAUGGAAUUCUCCAAGGAGAUGGCGAGUGAGGUCAAGUCCGAAAUUAGGUGUAUGGUCAACUCUGUCGAUGGACUUCACAGGUAUUCGCCAGACGACAGAUCAUCAUCGGAGUGUGCAUCUCCAGCGGAAAGGAGACGCAUGGUUCUGCCAACUUCUGCACGUCCACGAACUCCAGUGAUUCUGGGAAAACUCGGCGAACUCAGUCAACAGGACAGUAAAAUGUCCAGUGAGUGUUCAUCAGACGAGACUGUGAUAUACGUUGUAAAAUCGAGUGCAGGCGAUGGGGAGAAAAAUACAGACGAGGACGAUAUUGAUGACGAUGAGGAUCAUGAGGAGCAUAAUGAGCCUGAAAAAGCCUUGCCAAAAAUCUAUUCGGCAGUGAAUUCGGUCAGUUCACAAGACAGUGGAAUUAAUUUGUCAUUCCAUGAGAAUGACAAAUCUGGCGAAUCACCGGAAAUUGGUCGUAGCAGUAGUGCUGAAUCAAAUUCAAAUGGUUACUCGAGAAGACCACGUCUCACGAUAAAUACGGGAAUAAAUUUCUCCAAACAAACACGACUAACGAACGAUGAUUUAUCUGAGGAUGAGGAGGCGUUCCUCCUCUCGGAGAGUUCCGGUCAAGAGGGCGAGGAAGAUUCAAAAACAGAAAAUGGAAUCAGCUCGGUACAAUUGUUGUGGCAUUGUCCACCGAAGAAUGUUUGGAAACCGGUGGUAGCUGCGAUGCAGGAAUUUGAAAUGAUUAAGGAUAACGAUAGGGUUUUGGUUUGUUUGUCAUUGGGUGGACGUAAUUCAUUGGCACUUGUUCAUACUCUUCAUCAAUAUCGAUUCUAUGUGCGCUCAAAGGGAAUCGAUUUUGGAAUUGGCGUUGCUGCUGUUGAUGACAGUCGACACGAUCCUCUUGAAUCAAUGUCAUAUCUCAAGGCACUGGACGUUCCGUAUUUUUAUGAGGAGGUUCAUUCGGGUGCUAAUCAGGAGGACGAUGACGAUUCUGGGUCGAAGGCGUCAGACAAUGGACCCUGCAGCUUUUGUGAUAAAUCGACACGCGCAAGACUCUAUUCCGUGGCGAAAAAACACAAUUACAAUGUUCUUGCACUCGGACAAAAUUUAGAUGAUCUCACCGAAGGUUUUCUUGCCUCCGUCUUCCAUAGUGGAAAAUUGCGAACGAUGAAGGCUCAUUAUAAUAUUCGCGAGCAGGACCUCAGGGUUAUCAGACCUUACGUUUACGUCAGCGACAAGGCGCUUCGACAAUUUUUCGACGGAAAGAAAUUACCACUUUUUCGUGAAGCCAGUAAUGAAGAAGCACUUCAGAAACGACAACGAAAUGAGGAACUGAUUACACGUCAUGAGCAAUCUUAUCCACGUUUGUAUUGGUCUCUACGUUCUGCAUUGAGACCAUUGAUAGCAGCUCGAGUUCAAAGUAGCGAUAAUCAACAACAAAUUAAUCAGGACAAGAAACGACAACAAUUCAAAAGAACGAGAACAAAUUCCUUCAAUUCUUCACCCAUUGUGAAUACAUCAAGAAGAUCUGAAGAUAGCGAGGAAACUGACGAUGAAGCCAUUGUAUAAAAAGAAAUUAAUUCAUCAUCUUCCAAAGAUCAAUCAUCAUAAUCAUAAUCAUCAUGAUCAUCCUCAUCUUCAUUAUCAUAAAGAGAAAAUUGAUUCUUCGGAAAUUAUUUUCCGCUUUACAGAAAUUAUCCGGUAAAGUAAUAUUUUUUUUUAUUUAUUAAUUUUUUGGAACAUCCGUUUUUGAAUUUAAUUCUUCGGAAAUUAAUACUUCCUGAUUUUUCUAUAGAUUUAUUGAUAAAAAAUCGAGUUCGAUAUAAAAAGAGAAACUUAGAAACUUUUGAGUAAAAAAAAGUAAUGUAAAAAAAUUAGUGUUUCUUUCGAAGAAUUAAAUUUUAAAAACUGAAUAAUUUUUAAAGAAUCUAAAUUAAAGAAUCAUUUUCAAUUGAUUUAAGAGAAAACAAAAUCUUUACUACAUGGCUGAGAAAAUUGACAAUACUUAUUUUUCAUUUGAAAAAUGAAAAAGAAAUGCGAGGCACGCACAAAAGCUCUCUCGAUACUCGCUUCACGCAUUUUUGAACUCGUCGUCGUCGUCCUCGCUACAUUCCGCUCCGUUAUGAGUCGAAAAAGUGAAGCCAUCAUAAAUUUUUAUAGAAGUACUUAAUUCACUCAUUUAUUAAUUCACUGAUAAUGGUUAAUUCAUUGAUGAUAAUAAUAAUAAUAAUCAUUUUUUCCGACUGAGUAAAAAUGAAAUUCGACCAGUGUCUUUUACAUUAUUAAAAAAUUAGUAAAAAAAAAGAAUUAUUGUGAUAAACUUUUACUAUUGAAGUGAUAUUAAUUUUUCUUAUUUGUGUCGUUUUAUUUUUAUUUUUUUUAUAGUUUUAUAAUCGUAUCUAAUUCAUAACAUGCUUUGAGAAAUUUCAAUUAUAAUUAUCAAUUUUUUUUCCAUAAGGAAAAUUAAUCAAUUGGCAAAAUUGAUGGCACAUGAUCUACUGUUUUAGAAAAGAUUUUUUUCUUCGUUUUUUUUAAAUAAACAAUGAAUCCUCAUUCCAUUGACUCAUCAAUAUUUUAUUUUUCGGUUCGUUCAAAGUAGACUGAGACACUUGAGGGUUUUUCUGACUGAAAUGUUGUACACUCAUUUUUUUACUGCAAAAAGUUCUUGAAUAAUUCGAAAAAUUGAAAGAAUUCAAAAAAUUUGUUAAUUUUUGAUUUGAAGACUUUUUUAAUUUGUAAAUCUUCUCUUAAUACUGAAUAAUUUAUUAAGAUGGAGAAAAAAAGAAAGAAUUGAGAAAAAAGGAAAUUUUUGAAUGUACAACAAUAGGAUUUUCAAUUUUUAAUUUAGAGUGCGGCUGGGAGUGUCGAUUGUAGCAAAACUCACGAAAUAAAAUUGACUGUUCUAUUAUUGGCGAAUAUAAAACUCGUGACCAAAUAUGAAACAACACAAAUUUACAAACUAUAUGCUUUCUCUACACUGCCGAUUAUACGGUAGACACUUAUUUUUCCUUGUAUACUUUCAAAAGAAAAAAAAAUAACAAAAAAACAAGUGAUCUUUUUUUCAUGAUAAAUUCAAUUGCGACACGUGUUCGAUAAAUUUCAAAGAGAUUCGAUAUUUUUAUACUCUCAAAUUAUAGCAAUACCGCAAAAUGAACAGAGUUUAUGCGGGAAAGAAUUUUAUCAAUCAAUCCUUUUUUUUCCACUGAAAAUAAAAAUCAAAUUUUGUACAUACUUAUUAUUGACUCAAAAAAAAAUGAGGGAUUGAUUGCAAAAAUUUUCUAUCCACUUCUGAUAAAAAUGUAUAAGGGAAAAUUGACUUUGCAAUUGUUGCACUGCCAUCAUACAUGAAAAAAAAACUGAAAUCAGAAAAAUAUUACCUGAAAAUUAUUAUCCUUUUAUACAGAAAAUAAUUAUUUCUCCCUAUUGUUAUAGUGAAUCGAACACGUUAGCAAAUUUUAUAUCAUAAAUGUAUGUGUAUGUUUGUAAAGUACGAUAAACAAAGUUUUUAUAUUUAUCUUAAUAUUACACUCUCAUGACGUUUACUCGAAAAUACACCAAAUUUUGUAAAAUGAGUUUAAUUCCCAAGAAAAAAAAUAGAAGGAAAGGAAAUUAAAUCCUUUUCAAACUUGAAAAAAAUAUCUCCGAUUCUAUACUUACUUGUUGAGAAAAAUCGAGAUUAACAAGAAUAAUACAUUGUUACACA